CUUAAAGAAGACCGACGUGCGUUGAAAAAGCGAAAGUUUCCGGUAGAAUUGGCCUAUUGCACUGGCCAUUGCGGACCAAUCCGGGACAGCGCUUGGACAAUACCAUAACAGUGCCAAACAGCAAUAUCAGCUUUACUAGUCUUAUAGGCCCCCAAAAGCUUGCAAGCUUGCUACAGUGCCACCACUGUUUGGGACUGGCUCGCUUCGCCCAGCCGCGUGACCUGCAAUUCUGCAGGCACGCGAUCUGCAAGAUCUCGGUGGCACGAAGUGGCCUGCUGAACGCGAUUGCCGCGUGCAGAUCCGUCGGGCCGCUCCUCAACCCGCCACCGCUGGGCGUGCCGGCCAGAGCGUCGCUACCUGAAAGCGGCGUGGGCUGAUCAACCAGGCAUGGCGAACGAUUACUUUCGCGCACAGCCGGCUGCGCACGCUCACCUUGCUCUUAAGGUGAUACUGCGCGGGGAAAUACUGGUGAUGUGGCUGGCUACGAUGGCCUUGAUAGCAUUCCUGCUACCGAAGUCCAGCCUGGUCGAGACGAUGGGCUUGGUGACCGCGUUCGUGGUCGCCCAGCAAUUGACCGCUAUCGUGGAGUUGGCUCAGACUCUCAACGGCGGGCCGCUGUUCAUUCCCACUUGGAGUAGUUGGAGCUGAUGGUCUUGGUGGACGCUUAAAGGUUGGGGCAACGUGGCUGCUUGAAGAUGUGGGCUCGUGGCGGUUUGAGGCUGCGACUUGGCAGAAGCUCUCCCCUGGAAGUGCCGUGUUGUUAGGACCAGGCAAAACUGGUCGACUCGCACCCACAGGAGAGCAGCAAGCUUGGGAAGCUGAUCACAUCAGGUGCAUGCUGUCGUAGCCAGAAGCACUUUCUGAGGUGUUGCGGUGUGGCCUGCCUGACACUCUGACACAUGUUGGAUGGACUAGUCCUUGAAGAGGUGUAUAGAAGACCUCUUCUCUGCUCUGUUACUGUGCGUGGCAUGUCUGUUCUGAGCGUGUCUGCACUGCUGAAGGUCCGAUGAUGAAACCAGUUACCUGUAGGCAGCUCAUCAGAUGGACUGCGUCCCUGGCCGACUAGGGCCUAUUUUGUGCGGCAAAGCCAGGCAAAGGCACGCCGUCCGCUGAAUCCCCCCGUGCUUUCAGCGCCGCAACAUUUUGCACCCUUCCCGCAUUCCGGGAUUUCCAUGCAGCCCUAGCUGGCGUACUGUAGCACCCGCACUCCCUUUACCUU